AAAAAAAUUCAUUCAGAAAAAAACUAAAAAAAAAAAAAGAAUUCGCAGUUGUCACUCUACUACUCCCCCAUUUCCUUUCCCUUUAUAAAACCCCACUGCCCUCCCCACCACCAUCUCCUCCAAAUUCAUCUCCCACCCAAACAAUCACAAACCAGACACCAAACCCAAUACAGCCAUGGGGUCUCUCAGAUCUUCGUCGGCGAUGUUACUCCUACUCUGCUUCGCCUUCACCCUCUCUUCCGCGCUGGACAUGUCCAUAGUCUCCUACGACCUAACCCACCCGGACGCCGAUUCCAGCUGGAGGACCGACGACGAGGUCAUGACGAUCUACGAGGACUGGCUGGCCAAGCACGGCAAGUCCUACAACGCGCUCGGAGAGAAGGAGAGGCGCUUCCAGAUCUUCAAAGACAACCUCCGUUUCAUCGACGGCCACAACUCCUUGAACCAGUCCUACACCGUCGGCCUCAACAAGUUCGCCGAUCUCACCAACGACGAGUACCGCUCCAAGUACCUCGGAGUCCGCGCAGGCCAGGGGAAGCCGCUUCGCGAGCCCAAGCCUUCCGAUCGGUACGCCCCGCGCGUCGGCGAGUCCCUCCCUGACUCCAUCGACUGGAGGGAGAAAGGCGCCGUCGCCGAAGUCAAGGACCAAGGCGGCUGCGGUAAGUCGGAGAUUCCAUUCCAUUCCAAUCCGAGAUUUUCUUCGCUCUUUGAUCGAAUUAAUCGCCGUCGAUUUCUUCCUAUCUAGACCGAUUUAUGAAUUAAUUUAGGUAAGGUAAUCGAUCUUAAUUAGUUCAGGAAUCUGGAUUUGAAUCGGAUUUUUGUGGACUUUCCGCUAUGGGAGUUGCUCUUGUAAUUUAGCAGUCCAAUUUAGAGCUGGGCGACUCAGUGAGUCACUGAGUUUGAACCAGCAGAAAGCCGAGUGUCAGUCGUUGACCCGCCGGCGAGUCCGGCAGAGACGCAUAGUGGCGUGUAGCAAUCGGAGUCCCGGGAAUCCGGGAUAAGAUUUAUAUUUUUUAUUUAAUUAAUUUGUUGAUCCAGAUUCGAAAUUAUUGUGUAUGGGUUGUUGUGGCCCAAUGGGUGAAAAAAAGGAUGGAAUUUUUUUUAUUAUAACUCGAGAUUCCCUAAAAGUCUGGUGAGUGGGCCCCACUUUCGGGCGAGACUGGCCCACCAGUUUCCUAUCAGCUUUUUAAGGCCCAUUAAAAUAUCUCCACCUGCAGGCUGCAGCUGUCCUUUGUCUAAUCCUACUCAAUUAUCACUUGAUCACUUUGGGCGUAAUGGGUUACGAAAAGUUAGAAAUAUUUAAUACUUGAUUAGCGCUUGAUUAAUUGAGAGAUUGAUUGGGGUUUUGUUUGGUGAUGGUGAAACAGGAAGCUGCUGGGCGUUCUCUACGGUGGCCUCCGUGGAAGGAAUCAACCAGAUCGUAACAGGGGAUCUCAUCACCCUCUCCGAGCAGGAGCUUGUAGACUGUGAUACUUCCUACAAUGAAGGGUGCAACGGAGGACUUAUGGACUAUGCAUUCCAGUUCAUCAUCAAGAACGGUGGUAUUGACACCGACGUGGACUACCCUUACACAGGAUACGACGGCAGAUGCGACUCUUACAGGAAAAACAAUGCCAAGGUGGUUUCGAUUGACAACUAUGAGGAUGUUCCCAUCAACGACGAAGCCGCCUUGCAGAAGGCUGCUGCAAGCCAACCCAUCGCCGUCGCCAUUGAAGCUGGUGGCAGAGGCUUCCAGUUCUACACUUCGGGAAUAUUCAGCGGGCCAUGCGGAACCCAACUGGAUCACGGAGUGGGAGUAGUGGGAUAUGGAUCCGAGGGAGGGAAGGAUUACUGGAUCGUCAGGAACUCAUGGGGCAAAAGCUGGGGAGAGAGCGGGUACCUGAGAAUGGAGAGGAACAUCGCCGCGAAGACUGGCCUGUGCGGCAUUGCGAUGGAGCCUUCUUACCCGAUCAAGAACGGCGAGAACCCACCGAACCCUGGUCCAUCCCCACCAACUCCAGUCACUCCUCCCAGCGUCUGCGACGAUUACUAUUCAUGCCCCGCCAGUGAAACCUGCUGCUGCAUCUUCGAGUUCGGGAAGUACUGUUUCGAAUGGGGAUGCUGCCCUCUGGAUGGCGCCACCUGCUGCGAGGAUCACUACAGCUGCUGCCCGCAUGAGUACCCUGUCUGCAAUGUUAACCAGGGCACCUGCAUGAUGAGUGCAAACAACCCAUUGGCGGUGAAGGCGAUGAAGAGCAACAGGGCCAAGCCUCGGUUUCCUCUUGAGGCUCUUCUUGGCAGGAAGAGCAAGGCUUAAGCUGCAAGUUUAAUGGAGCUUUCCCACUCGCAUCAAUGGUGGAAUAGUGGAAACUUGGUGUGGCUCUCCUCUAUACCUUUUGGUUUCUUCUUUCUCUGCUUCGCAUUUGAAUUUCAGUGAUUGGGGGAAGAUGGGAUGUUGGGUUUGAUUCGCAGAUACACUGGUUUAUGUAAAUAAUGGCAACCCCUGUACUGUAGUAAUUAAUGUUAAAUGGUUGGGAUUUGGUUUAACAGGAGAUACUAAUCAGGCGCUUCCAGAUAAAUUAUCUUCUCGUUGAUUUGUAAAUGCCUGUGGGAAUUAGUCAAAUGAUACACUCUGCUGUAAUUUCUCCAAAUCAAUCAAUAUCAGCUCUUCUGCUUUUCA